GGCGGGGCCUCUGGUGCUCGGGCUUUCAGCACCACGGAGAGCGACUGCGGGAGCUAGAGAGCGAGAGCGAGAGAGAGAGAGAGAGAGAGAGAGAGAGAGAGAUCAGCUGCUUACUUCCUUCCCUCCUCACGUUCCUCAUCCUCUCGCGACAUUUCGCGCUAAAAGUUGAACAGUUUGGUCGUCGCGUGGCGAGUUCAGGGACGGAAGGAAACCACGUCUCUUUGCGGUACCUCUCCUCUUUCUCAUCUGCGUCUCUGCGCGAGCUCGGUUAUCAGUUCCUCGACUCGCGAGUCGCAUAAUUGAACAUAUAACGCAUCCGACAGUAGUCAAAACGUCUCGAGCGUGUUAGCGAGCUGGGUGUGAUGCAGACGUCCUGCUUAACUAACAUGAAGUUUCUCUGUGUUGCGUAGCUGCGCUUUAACGCGUAUGAAACCCCUCCGCUCAGUGUAUGUGCGUGCGUGUGUGUGUGUGCGUGCGUGUGUGCGUGCGUGUGUGCGUGUUUUUUUUUUCUCCGACGUGUUGGGGUGCUUUGACUCUUAAGAUGAUGUCCCUCUGUGACUUUUUGAAUUGCACGUAAAUGCUUUAAAAGGGAGAGGAAGCAGAGAGCUCGGCAGUCUCUCAGUUCUCUAAAGGAGGGGAGGGUUUGUUGUGCUCUUGUGUGACCAGCAGCCUCGUCUAUGCCGCUUUAAUCGUCUCUGCGGUAGAUUUUUGAGUGCUCAGAAAAGAACAGCGGAACCCAUUGAAGAAGGAGAAGAAGAAGAAAAAGAAGAGAAGAAGAAGAAGAAGAAGAAGAGGAAGAAGAAACACCAUGAAGAAGUUCCGGAAGGUGUUGGACGGUCUGACCACGUCGUCUCCGGCCAGUGCUGGAGGCUCUCCAUCGUGCGGCAGCGCCGCUGGAACUCCCACUGCAGCAGCGACUCCGCGCGAGCUGGACAUCCAGGAGACCCUCAUGGCCGAGCACUUCCACAUCUGUAAGACUGUGCGUCAUGGCUUCCCCUACCAGCCCACAGCUCUAGCGUUCGACCCUGUGCAGAAGAUUCUGGCUAUUGGAUCUCGCUCUGGAGGAGUGCGCAUUCUGGGACGGCCAGGAGUGGACUGCUAUUGUCAGCAUGAGAGUGGAGCGGCUGUACUGCAACUGCAGUUCCUUAUAAACGAGGGAGCGAUGGUCACAGCCUGUGCAGACGACACUCUGCACCUCUGGAACCUUCGUCAGAGACGUCCAGCAAUACUACACUCGCUCAAAUUCAACAGAGAGCGGAUCACGUUUUGUCAUCUUCCAUUCCAGAGUAAAUGGCUUUAUGUUGGAACAGAGCGAGGAAACACACACAUUGUCAACGUUGAGUCAUUUAUUUUGUCCGGAUAUGUCAUUAUGUGGAACAAGGCCAUAGAACUAUCGACAAAGACACACCCAGGGCCUGUGGUCCACCUGAGUGACAGUCCAAAAGAUGAAGGGAAGCUGCUGAUUGGCUUCGAGAGCGGCACUAUAGUGAUGUGGGACCUGCGAUCAAAAAGAGCUGACUUCAGAAUUUACUAUGAUGAGGCGAUUCACUCUGUUAGUUGGCAUCAUGAAGGACGACAGUUCAUGUGCAGUCACUCUGACGGAAGUCUCAGCAUGUGGAACCUGAGAAACACAGCCAAACCCUUCCAAGUCACCUUCCCUCACGGUAAAUCUCAGCGAGACGGCAGAAAAGAAUCAUGUAAACCAAUUCUCAAGGUGGAGUACAAGACCUGCAGGAACAGUGAGCCCUUCGUCAUCUUCUCUGGAGGUCUAUCAUAUGAUAAAGCAGGCAGGAGGCCCACUCUAACCAUCAUGCAUGGCAAAGCCAUCACAGUGCUGGAAAUGGACCAUCCUAUAGUGGAGUUCCUUGUGCUCUGCGAGACGCCCUAUCUCAAUGAGGUGCAGGAGCCAUAUGCAGUGGCCGUGCUACUGGAAAAAGACUUCAUCGUGGUUGAUCUUACACAGAGCAAUUUCCCUAUUUUUGAGAAUCCCUAUCCCAUGGAUGUCCAUGAGUCUCCAGUCACAUGCACAGCUUAUUUUGCCGACUGUCCCCCUGACAUCAUCCCCGUACUGUACUCCAUAGGAGCAAAACACAAAAAGACUGGCUACAGCCACAAGGAGUGGCCGGUCAGUGGUGGCACGUGGACACUUGGUUCUCAAACAUAUCCAGAGAUUAUUAUCACAGGACAUGCAGACGGAUCGAUAAAGUUUUGGGACGCCACAGCCAUCACGCUGCAGAUGCUUUACAAGCUGAAGACGUCGAAGGUGUUUGAGAAGGUGAAGGGUUGUGAGGGGGGCCGCAGUGCCGAGCUGGUGGAGGAGGACCCCUAUGCAGUGCAGAUGGUUAGCUGGUGUCCCCAAAGCCGCAUCUUCUGUGUGGUGGGCAUCAGUGCCCAUGUCAUAUUGUACCGCUUCAGCAAACAUGAUGCCAAUACCACUAUCACGGCUCUGGAAGUACGUCUGCAGUGUGACGUGGAGGAUGUAAUCUCACCAUCAGACACAGAAAAUACGGUGUGUGUAACAGAUGUGGGCGCUCACUCUCCUCAGCCACCCAGCCCGCGCAGUAACACCCCGGAUAGUGUGAGAGACCGCAUCCCCUGCCUAAAGGUAAAAGAUCGCAUAAUCUGGAUGCCCCCUGGUUACCAGGCCGAACUUGUUAUCCAGUUGUUAUGGGUUGACGGAGAGCCACCUCAGCAAAUUACCAGCCUGGAUUUAAACUCCGCCUACGGUCUGUUAGCUGUAGGUAACUGUAAUGGUCUGGCAGUGGUGGAUUAUCUGCAGAAGACAGUGAUAGUGUGCAUGAGCACUCUGGAGCUGUAUGGCUCAGCUGACCCCUUCCAACGCCUCACACGUUCCCCACGGAAGAACCGCCAGUCCACAUCAGACAUUUGCAUGCGUGGCCUGUCUAACUUUUAUUCAGAUUCAAAGAAACGGAUCCGUACCUCCUACCAGAGCCUUACCGAACUUUCCGAUAACCAGGUAUCUUUGGACCUGGAACGGAGCAAAUCACCCACCUCAGUGCCCUACUCCUCCUACGUACACAAUGAGCCUCGGGGCACGGCGGAGCCCGUGUCCAAUCUACGUGCCAGCCAUUACAGUCCGGUCUUUUACCUGUUGGACAAUGUAAAGGGACCAGGCAGAAAGUUAAGUCUACCCACUGAUCUUAAGAGUGAUCUUGAUCAUGUGAAUGGACAUUGCACUAGUCCAACUUCUCAGCCAUGUGUAUCUGGGAGACCUCGUGCUCCAGGGGCCCCUGAGGGGCCUCGUCUCACCCGUCGUGGGCCUGGACGACCGCCAUUCCGCAAGGCCCAGUCAGCCGCAUGCAUGGAGGUCUCUUUGCCUGUGUCCUCCCUCACCGAAGGUUACCCGUCCAGACGGGCCAUGCUGCAGCAGUUGCAUGGUGUCAGUAUGUACUCACAUGAUGAGCACCACACCACCACCUACUCCUGGAGUGAGAGAGAGAGUCGGGAAAAUUCAUUCAGCCGAUCACGGAGUUCCAGCGUGUCCAGUAUAGACCGGGAUACCAAAGAGGCUGUGACCACACUGCAGUUUGCAGAGUCGUAUGGACGCAAGUCAGAUGCACUGCCUACACCAUGCCUAUGGGUGGGCACCAGCCUAGGCCUGGUUCUGCUAAUGCCCUUAUCCAUUGCCACCGAUGAGCAGGAGAGGCUAGAGGAACCAGUCACCGUCGCACCCACCAGCACAGUCUUAAUGCUGAAAGGUUCAGUCCUGCAUUUUGGUUUUCUGGACUGCACUGGUGCUUUGAUCCACAGUGCAUAUGAGGUGUGGAAAGAUCCGCAUGGUGCCGAGGACCAUGAUCGGCCCCGCAGAAGAAAGCUGGUCAACUUUUCCUCCUGUUCCUCGCAGGAAGCUAGUGGCGAUGGCCACCUAGCUGUUGUGUGCUCUGAACGCCAAGCCAAGGUCUUCUUCAUGCCCUCACAGGCCUGCCUCUAUGUGCACAACAUCACAGAGUCAUCAUUCGUGCUGCGUGCUGAUGUGGUGGCUGUCUCCAACAGCGUGUGCCUGGCCUGCUUCUGUGCCAACGGACAUGUCAUGAUCCUCAGCCUGCCAAGUUUACGGCCCCUGUUGGAUGUACACUACCUGCCACUAACAGAUAUGCGCAUUGCCAGAACAUUCUGCUUCACCAAUGGUGGUCAGGCUCUCUAUCUGAGCUCUCCAACAGAAAUACAGCGCAUCACCUACAGCCAGGAGAUGUGUGAUAAUUUGCAGGAGAUGCUAGGGGAGCUUUUCACACCCAUUGAGACCCCUGAGGCACAGAACCGAGGCUUCCUGAAGGGAUUUUUUGGGGGCAACGCACAGACCUUUGACCGAGAAGAACUCUUUGGUGAGGCAGCAGCAGGGAAGGCUUCUCGCAGUCUGGCCCAGCAUAUACCAGGCCAGGGCAGUGUGGAGACAUUACGGGUAGCAGCUGGUGGGGCAGUGGGUGAUCUUGCCCGAGCUCGAAUUGCCCUGGAUGAGAGAGGACAGAGACUAGGAGAGCUGGAGGAGAGGACGGCUCAAAUGAUGGCUGGUGCUGAGACAUUCUCCAAACAUGCUCAUGAGCUGAUGCUGAAAUGCAAAGACAAGAAGUGGUAUCAGUUUUAAAUGUGUUAGCCUGGAUGAAGGCUAAUUCUGCUCACCAACCACAAGAGGACACUCCUCUGGACCAUGGACCUUCACUUUUUAAAAGAGAGGUUGAGAGGAGCUUAGGGCUGUUCCUUCUCUUUUGGGCUAUGUAUACAGGACUAUACUUCUUAAUCAGACUGGUUUGACAGACUGAAGACAAUAACUGAUGGACAGAUACCAUUAGCGUUAACAACUUUGGGGUGGUUCCUCCCUUAAUACGUUAUGGAUUAGACCAUCCUUCACUCAUGUACAGGGGCCGGGGUCUUCUUACAGGAGGAAAAUUGGCUCUUGCUGUGUAGAGACUUUAAAGUUAUUUUAAAAAAAAAAACAAAAAAAAAAACAAGACUGCAUGAAACAAAAAUGGAUGACCUAUAAAAACAUCAAACUGCCAUAUUCAAAAGCAGCAUGUUACUUUAAAUCAAAGGGAAAUAAAAGAAUAACAUAAUUUUAUUUAAUAAUAUAAGCCAAUACCAGAAUCCUAUGACAAAAACUUUAUAUUUUUUGAAAUAGCGAUAAAAUAUAAAUAAAAAGGGAAACUGUAUACCUGCAUUGCUAUAAGGCCAAAAUUCUGUUUUUUAAUUGCUCCAUACUACUUCUUUUCAAUAAUUUAUUAUUUAAAAAUUUCCACCACUCUGUCUUCACAUCAGUUAUUCACACAAUGUGUUCCACCCUUGUGUUCUGAUUACAGACAUGAAAAACUAUUUAAAAACUACAACACUACAGAACAGAACAGACAAACCACACUCACCAACAUCCUCCAAACGUAUCACACAUGCAACUUAAUGUCGCACCACUUUAAAAACAAUACAGCAUUUAUGAAGUAGCUGCUAACACAUAAUCGUCCCUUGAAUAACAGCUUUACUACUGAAUCAAGUUACUUCACCCUCUCCUAGAAAUGUAUGAUGUGGUUUUAGACGUAUAAGCGAGAAGUAAGCUGUACUGGGCAAUAUGUGCUAUGAGUGUAUCUGUGUGGUCUUACUUGAGUGUGUUUCUAUUCAUAAAGCCAAUGUAAUAAUUCAUGUGCCAUAUUCUAGAUGGGUGAAGUAUCUUUCCUGUAAACUAGCGAUGAACUUAUUCUGUCCGUGGUUGAUAUUUUAAGCUGUUACCUGUAGAUUAAACUCAUUCAAAGAGUU